UCACUCCACGACAAUAAGCUCGAAUGCCUGGCGGGUGACACCUUUGCUGAUCUAUUGAACCUGCGAGUACUAAGUUUUGACGAAAAUUCCUUUGCCUGUUACUGCAACAUGCAAUGGCUGCCUGACUGGAUGAGGCGAAACCGCCACCGGAUAGCCAUUUCGCCGCAUCCUCCAACCUGCCAAUCCCCGCCUAGUCUCGCUGGGGCCCCCAUCGCCAGUCUGUCCACAAACCAUUUCACCUGCCCGGAUCAAGCAAUGGAGAGUGCGCAGGAGAACUCCAGUCCUCCCGAUGGUGGCCUCCAGGUCGGUCAGACUACACUACCAAUGCCGCCGCUGGAGUGUUCAGCUGCUCUGGCCGGUGGCGCCUGUUGUUCCGAAAGGAGUCCCGGUAAGUGGACAAGCCCGCGCCUGGCAGCUGGGUUGUUUUUCUUCCAGUGUUAG